AGAAAAACAAGGUACGGCAUAAUAUUCCUCAUUCAAGCACAGCCAGACUCCCCCCUCUGCGACCACCACAACCAAUUCCCUCACAUCGCAACCACCCCCACUACGUCUCCCUCCAGCAACCCGCACUUCCUUUCCGCCUUGUGCACUCCACUUAUCAAACCCUCAGCGCACAACAAGAAACAUUGGCAAUGUCUACACGACAACAGCAACAACCGCAACAAGCCCAGCCUCCAGCGGAGGCGGCAGAAAGGGAGAUGAGGAGGCGCAUCGGUCGACACCGUAGAGAGAGAAUGGCCUCAUGGUUGCUGGAGAAUGAUGAUGACUAUAGACACGCCGUGGCUUUCGCCGUGAUGUUUCUGAGAGAGUGGCCAAACCUGCACUCAAUAGCCACAAGGGCAGCCUUGGAUCGGGCAAUCGAGACGUUCCGGCGCAAUGGGGCACCCGGAGGACGGAAUAUUUACCGCUCUGUUGUGAGCACUCGCGAAAUUAGGCUGAUUCUCAGCGAAAUCCUCGCGGUCUGCGAAGAUGGCCGAGACAUCGCCUGGGACCAGACGCAGCUGGCGACGGCACAAGCGUUAAACUUAAGCCCGCGGGUCCUGCGUGUCGUCCCCCGCGUAUCCACCAACGCAACCACCGCCACUCAACCUAGCCCUCAAGCCACAGCAUCCACCGUCGUUCCCGCCGCCCAACUCACCGCAUCUAUCGCCCCGUUCGCACCAGUCCUCUCGACCAUCCCCACCGUCCCGACAGUCCCCACACCUUCAAUGCUGACGUUUACGAUACAGACGCCUACGACACCGCACCAAGGCCAACACUUCCAAGCCGUGAUGGACGCCUUGAUGAACUACACGGCAGUGCUAGCGACCGCCAAUAUCGCCCCCGCUACUCCGUCCGCAUCUACAAUCAACACCACCAACGCAACCACCACUGCCAUCGCAAAUAAGCGUGAGACGGGAAGCAGAGACAGCGCAGACGCACACAGCGCGGACGGGGACCGCCCAAACAAACGUCGCCGUGGUUAUACAUCCGUUACUGUACGUGGUGGGGAGGACCGACGAAAACUGUCUCCAGCCGUCUCGAGUAAACCCGAAAUCUGGUACUUGCGACCUCGCCGUGGACCGCAGGGCCUUAUUGAAAGAGUCAACGGCGAACACAGUUCCAAUGUCUCUCGCAUCUGCUCGCGUAAAUUCGCUGAAAGUACACGCACUCGCCGACAACCCCUCUCACCUACAUAUCCAACCACCGACAAAUCCAUCCACCAGAAAAUCCUCACACCGGCAAAUGGACAGAGACGCCCAAGCGAUGAUGGCCGGGCUCCAGCCGAGGGACCGAUCCUGGUAGCCAAACUGUCCGAACUGGACCCCCAACCAGGCGAGGCGACGAGCAGUUGCUUCAAUGGCGGGCAUGGACCGUCAAGCAAACGUGCUGGAUCGCUUCUCCUGGAAAACACAUCCCCAACAAGAAUGUUUUUGGUCGUUGCGUCUGUUGUGAAACCCGGUGAUGAAGAGACGCGUGUUGUUGUAACGCAAAGAGGGGUGGUCGAUCGGUCACUGCGCUUGUUCAUCCCUCCGAGGGACUGGUUGCUCGCGUCAGAUACUGUCAGCAAGUGUCAGGUCAUCACGGUCGGGUUGGAGCAUUCGAGCUGCAUGGCGCAUUUGGGCCGAUAG